GGCGGGUCGGGGGAGAGCUUGGCCCCGGGGAUGAAGCGGCGCCCGGGCGGGUGCCCGCAGGAGGCGGCGGAGGCGGAGGCGGCUGCGCGCUGCUGUCUGCUGGACGCGGUGCUCGGCUCCCUGUAUGAUCUCGCACAGGAGAAGAGCCGUUAGUUAAAAAUGAAAAAAAAGAGAUCCAGAAGAAAAAUGUGGAGAACAAGAUGGGGUCAGAGCCUUUCAGAACAGUAAAGGAAGAUAGAGCGGCGUGUCCUGAUUCAGCAAUCCCAGGUAAAAGGAAAAGUGCUUCCAGUUUCUUUGAAAAACUGAAAAAUGAGAUGCAUCAUGACUCUGUUGAUUCAAAACGAUCCACCCCAGAAACCAACGGUUCUAAUGCUGUGUCACCCGAACCUACGCAACAGGGAAAGACCACAGAGGUGGAAGUUGUGACAUUUCAUGGUCGGAGUAAAAAGAAGAAACCUAAAGUGGAACUCACUCAGGAAAGUGUUUCAAAGACAAAGAUGGCUAUUCCAGAGAAAAAUAUGGAUGGACAAGAAUUUAACUUAGAAAAAGCCCGUCUGGAAGUACACAGGUUUGGAAUCACUGGAUAUGAAAAGAAAGAACAGCGGAUAUUGGAACAAGAACGUGCCAUCAUGCUCGGAGCCAAGCCUCCGAAAAAGGAAUAUUUGAACUACAAGAUUUAUCAACAGAAAAUUAAAGAGAAGAAAACAGUGAAGAAAGAAGAUCAUAGUAUGGAAUAUAAAUCUGAUUCUAUCAAGAAAAAGAAGAAAAAAGGUCAGGAGCAGAGGAAAUCCAAAAAGAAAAAAUCAGCAGCCAGUAUUUUGCCAACAGGACAGGUUGGAAAAUUUACAAAUGGGACCUUGAUUCUUAGAGGUAGUGAUCUAAAGAAAAUUAAAUCAUCAAAAGCGAUUAAAUGAAGUUGUUACACCACAUCAAAACUGAAAAUGAGCUAGAAUUAAUUUCUUAAUUAAAAAAUGUCUACAUAGCCAAUGUUUCUUUGCUGUGUUUUAAUACAUGUUGCAAUACUUUGGGGUUUUUUGUUUUUUUGGUUUUUUUUAUCUCAACAUCACCCAGUUUCCACUCUGGGGAGAACAUAAAAUACAUUGUUACAUCAUAAAUUCUGAGUAAGAAAAAAUAAGGUUUUUUUUCCCUAAUGGCAAGUAAACUAUUAUUUUCAUUGGCUAA